GCGCCGGUGGCAGAGCCUUCUCUGGCCAGAGUCUCCUCGGCCCUCGGACAUGAAGCUCCUCUUCCUUGCACUGCUGUCCCUCCUGGCCCUUGGACCGAGUCUGGCCACCCCCAGGAGAGGCGUUCGAUGGUGCGCCAUAUCCCGAGCAGAGGCGGCGAAGUGCUCCAGACUGCAACAGAAUCUGAGGCAAGUGCGUGGCCCCUCUAUCUCCUGCGUAAGAAGAGACUCCUACCUUCAAUGUAUCCAGGCCAUCGCGGCGAAAAGAGCGGAUGCCGUGACCCUUGAUGGCGGUCUGGUGUAUGAGGCAGGACAGGACCCGUACAGACUGCGACCUGUGGCAGCGGAAGUGUACGGGACUGAGGAGGCACCGCAGACGCACUAUUAUGCUGUGGCCGUCGUGAAAAAGGACAGCAACUUGCAACUGAACCAGCUGCGAGGUGUGAGGUCCUGCCACACCGGCCUCAACCGGUCCGCCGGGUGGAACAUCCCUGUGGGCACGCUCCGUCCGUACCUGGGCUGGGCAGGGCCACCGGCACCCCUUCAGGAAGCCGUGGCCAACUUCUUCUCCGCCAGCUGUGUCCCCUGUGCGGAUGGCGCACAGUACCCCAACCUGUGUCGCCUGUGUGCGGGGGCAGGGGAAGAUAAGUGUGCCUGCUCCUCCAGGGAGCCGUACUUUGGCUACGCCGGUGCCUUAAAGUGUCUGCAAGACGGGGCUGGAGACGUGGCUUUUGUCAAGGACAGUACGGUGUUUGAGAACCUGCCAAACAAGACCGAGAGAGACCAGUACGAGCUCCUCUGCCCAGACAACACCCGCAGGCCAGUGGAGGAGUUCAAGCAGUGCCACCUGGCCCGGGUCCCUUCUCACGCAGUCGUGGCCCGAAGCGUGGAUGGCAGGGAGGAUGAAAUCUGGAGGCUUCUCAGCAAGGCGCAGGAAAAGUUUGGAAAAGGCAAGUCCAGGAGGUUCCAGCUCUUCAGCUCCCCUCGUGGGCAGAAGGACCUGCUUUUCAAAGACAACGCCCUCGGGUUUUUGAGGAUCCCCUCGAAGGUGGAUGCUGGGCUGUACCUCGGUUCCAGCUACCUCACCGCCAUCAAGAACCUGAAGGAAUCCGCCGCGCAGGUGGAGGCCCGGCGGGCCCAGGUCGUGUGGUGCGCAGUGGGCCCCGAGGAGCAGCGCAAGUGCGAGCAGUGGAGUGGUCAGAGCAACGGGAAGGUGACGUGUGCGACAGCCGCCGGCCCGGAGGACUGCAUCGCCCUGAUCCUGAAAGGAGAGGCUGAUGCCAUAAGUUUGGACGGAGGAUUUGUCUACACUGCCGGCAAAUGUGGUCUGGUGCCUGUGCUGGCAGAGAGCCAGAAAUCCAAAGAAAGCAAUAACUUGGAUUGUGUGAACACACCAGCGGAAGGGUAUCAGGCUGUGGCGGUUGUCAAAAAAUCAAACGCUGGCCUCACCUGGAAUUCCCUGAGGGGCACGAAGUCCUGCCACACUGCUGUGGGCAAGACGGCAGGCUGGAACAUCCCCAUAGGUCUGCUCUUCAACAAGACAGGCUCCUGCAACUUCGGUGAAUUCUUCAGUCAGAGCUGCGCCCCUGGGUCGGACCCCAACUCCAACCUCUGCGCCCUGUGCAUUGGCAACGAGCAGGGCCAGGACAAGUGCGCCCCCAACAGCAAUGAGAGGUACUACAGCUACAAUGGAGCUUUCAGGUGCCUGGCUGAGAACGCUGGAGACGUGGCCUUUGUGAAAGCCGCCACCGUCUUGGAGAACACGGACGGAAGGGGCACUGAGGCGUGGGCUAAGGAUCUGAAGCUGGAGGACUUUGAGCUGCUUUGCCUCGAUGGCACCCGGAAGCCUGUGGCCGAGCAUGACGCCUGCUACCUGGCCAGAGCCCCGAGUCACGGCGUGGUAUCUCGGAAAGAGAAGGCGCCGUAUGUGGAACAGGUGCUGCUGGACCAACAGAGCAAGUUUGGGAGAAACGGCAGCGACUGCCCAGGCACGUUCUGCUUGUUCCAGUCGGAAACCAAGAACCUCCUGUUCAACGACAACACCGAGUGUCUGGCCAGACUCCAGGGCAAAACGACGUACGAGCAGUAUCUGGGGCCGGAGUACCUCUCCGCUGUGGCCAACCUCGGGCAAUGCUCCACCUCCCCCCUUCUGGAAGCCUGCACCUUUCUGAGGCGCUGAAACCAAGAAGGUGGCCCAGCCCCCCGCCACCCCAGCCCCCAG